AUGGCGCGAUAUGACAGAGCAAUUACAGUGUUCUCGCCGGAUGGCCAUCUGUUUCAGGUGGAGUACGCCCUGGAGGCCGUCCGAAAGGGAAACGCCGCCGUCGGUGUUCGCGGAACCGAUACUAUCGUCCUUGCCGUCGAGAAGAAGUCUACCCCUAAGCUCCAAGACUCCAGAUCGGUGAGAAAGAUUGUCAAUUUAGAUAAUCACAUUGCAUUGGCUUGUGCUGGACUGAAAGCAGAUGCACGUGUUCUAAUAAAUAGGGCACGUAUUGAGUGCCAGAGUCAUAAGCUUACAGUUGAGGAUCCUGUGACUGUUGAAUAUAUAACUCGCUACAUUGCUGGACUUCAGCAGAAGUACACACAAAGUGGUGGUGUGAGACCUUUUGGUCUUUCAACCUUGAUCAUUGGUUUUGACCCCUACACAAGUGUCCCAUCUCUUUACCAGACAGAUCCCUCUGGGACUUUUUCAGCAUGGAAAGCCAAUGCAACUGGAAGAAACUCAAACUCGAUCCGGGAGUUUCUGGAAAAGAAUUACAAAGAAACAUCUGGCCAGGAGACUGUCAAACUAGCCAUGCGGGCUUUACUUGAAGUUGUUGAGAGUGGUGGAAAGAACCUAGAAGUUGCUGUAAUGACGAAAGAUCAUGGACUGCACCAGCUUGAAGAAGCUGAAAUUGAUGCCAUUGUUGCUGAAAUUGAGGCAGAGAAAGCGGCUGCAGAGGCUGCCAAGAAGGCCCCUCCCAAGGAAACUUAG